CUUUAGGGACGGGGCAAACGGCUGUGAAGACACAAGGAAAGAUGUACAAGACCCUUCUGUUAGUGAUGUUUGUGGUGGGUUCAAUGGCAAGUACUCCCACACAAACUACUUGUACACCACCCCUUGCAAGGCCACUGGUGCUGAAGGACAUUCCACAACAAUACAGAGAAAGAACCUGGCUGUUUGCACUAGAAGGAAACUGGGAGCCAUAUUCCUACUUGGACCAAAAUACUCAACAAGCCAAAGGUCUCUUGCAGAAACUUAUCUACGAGGCGUGUUCAAGAUGUGACAUGAAGUGCAAUACUGUCUACAUAGGCGAUAAUAUUCAAUUAUGUUACAACACUAGGAAUCACACGUCCGAGGGCUUCCGUGAAUUCUGGUACAUGGACAAAUUGUGUGCCCGCCAACACAUUCUCCCAGACUUGAAAGACGAAGAUGUACGGGGAUCAAACGGAUUUCAAGACCUUCUUCAACAACUCGUGCAAAAAGAUAUUGACCUUGCCCUUCUGCCAGACGGUUAUGAAGGGACGGAAGAUCUUGUAGCCGUUGGGGAACCAUUUGAUUGCGCAGAAGCCCCCUUGUCCCUCAUGCACAGAAAAGAUAUUGACUUAUCAUGGUUUGGCAAGUGUGUAAAGGAUCUCUACGAGGUCGACCUUUACCUCACCAACUGGCCAUGGGGAGAACAGCGAUGUGGUGAUCUGCCAACUGACGGCAGACAAUCCCCAAUAAACAUCGAUAACACUAAGAGCAAAUGUAUGGAGAGUGAAGCCAUAUCAAUUCCAACAACCACAUGUAAUGGUGUGCAACUGAACAACAAGGGAGGCUAUACUGGUGCUAAACUCCAACUCGAGAACUGUGGUUUCUCUAUAUAUGGCGGAGGUCUGGUUGGUGUAUAUUCUAUCCUCCAAGCCCACUUUCAUUGGGGAAAAACCACAGAAGAAGGUUCUGAACACACACUUAACGGACGCAAAUACCCAAUGGAGAUGCAUAUUGUGACUAAGAUGGCAAGUGGCACUUCAGAAUGUGCAGAACUAGCUGUCUUGGGAUUUUUCUUCGAGAUAUCUACAGAGUACAAUCCAGCGUGGAGUGCAAUUACUGCAAGACUCAAGGAAAUCAAAUAUGCAGGCCACCACAUAGUACUUGACAAAGUUAACUUAGGUGAACUCAUCACAGGGGUUGAUACAUCGCAAUACUAUCGCUAUUUCGGCUCACUAACCACUGAACCAUUUUCUGAAAUUGUAAUCUGGACAGUCUUUAUGCAACCCAUAAAGAUAUCUGCAUCACAGCUUGCACAGUUCAGGACGUUGCUGAAGGAUGAUGGCUUGACCAAUAUUGUCAACAAUUAUAGGCCAGUGCAGGAUCUCAAUGGAAGGACAGUAUACAAAACGUGCACAUAAUGAUAAAAACAACAACAUGUCGGACGCAUUUGCAUAUUGUGUAUUAGUACACUAUUCAGUCUUAACAGCAAACAGAACUAGUACUAGGAAUGAGUACACAAAUCCGCUACCCUAUUAAGAAUAUAUUGUUAAGUUUGCAAACAGUCUAUAUCUAUGUUAUCUAAAAAUGUUAUACUAAAUAAAAAAA